AUGACCAGGAUGUUGGGGGAUGUCAAGAAGCAUGAGAUGCCUGGUUCACGUCGCUCACAGUGUACCAGCGCCACUGAGGAGGCAUCAGAUACUGGGCCGCUAUCCGCCGCGAUUUCUGCUGUCAGCCCUGCAAAGCGUCCACAGAGGAACCAGGCAAGCUCGCAGACUGCUAAGAAGGCCAAGAAGGCCAGAACGGGCAUUUGGAGUGUGGAAAAUGUUCUCCAGAACCCCAAGUCUCCGUUGGCCAAUGCAAACUUAAAGGGGCUCUUUUCAAACCCGGAAGCUUGGAAUAUCCUUGACAAGGAAACCAAAGCUAAGCUUAUUAGCAUGCUACCAGAAAACUCGCAUGUUAUUGAUGAAAUUGAGGGCGAACUCCGCAUUAGUGAAAAUUUCUUGAAGUUUGAUCAAAACUGGGCCCAUUACCUGGGUCGUGCUCAAGAAGACAUUGCCGAAGGCCGCAACGAGCCCAGAUGGCUUGAGGAAGCCGCGGCAGCAUCUGAACAGCGUGCAGAUGGAGAGUUUGAUGAUAGGAAAGAUAACGAGUACGAAAUGUUCUGGGGAGUAAAGCAGAAGCUCCAAAGCAACGUUCUUACAGGGCUUUCUAGCUCCAUAAAGUUCGAUGACCUGGUCACCCGUGAGCUUAUCAGACCUGGUGACAUAUUCUUAUUCCAGAGAACCAUUGGCAAAGUUUUUAUCGAGAAAGAAAUCAAGUUUAUCGAAGUCCAAGGUUCGGGACACAAAAGGGUCCUACAAUGCUCUUUACCACCAGGCGCCUCAAAGUUUUCAAAAGGCGACGAGGAUAUAAUCACCGAAAUCAAUGGGCCUGAGCGCAUGUGCAAAGCUGCCGUAGAGGCCGAUGGCCGUGUGGAGGGAAAGCUACCAAAUGGCAACUCCUGGAAGACCAUUCGCGUCUUGCGCAACAACCAAGACCUCGGCACUCUUUGGGAUAUUCGCCAGGCUCUUCACUUUUCACUUCAAGGAGAUGAUGACUGA